AUAAUUUCGUGCAAUUUAUUUCUGAAUUCUGCGAACACGCUUCUAGUUCUCUGAGAGACUGAGUCUUCGACUACAAAAUCCCCGAAAUGGCAUCAAGGAAAGGGUUCGAAGUGUUUGUUUCUAAAUUGCCAUGGACUGUCGGUGUGCAGGAGCUGCGAAGCUAUUUUUCUCAAUUUGGAUCUGUGAGGAAUUGCAGAAUAGCCUUUGAUGAUUCAACUGGUUUCUCUAAAGGGUUUGGUUUCGUUAGCUUCAGUAAUACAUCAGGAAUUCAAUCUGCCCUGAACAAAGAUCAACACAUACUGGAUGGACAAAAGGUGAAUGUGCAAGCCAAACAGAGCUCCUCACCAGCUGUGAAGAAAUUACAGAUAUCAGAUGUGAUGGAAAAUGGACAUUGAUACAUCCAGAUGGCUGGAUGCUCAUUUGAACAAUUAUGAGGAACAUGCUCAAAUAUUGAUGAGUAACUCGCUGAAAUAUUGAUGAAGAACUGGUUCACUCAAAUAUUGAAGAGUAACUCGCUAAAAUAUAGAUGAGUAAAUUGCUCAAAUAUUGAUGAGUAACCCACUCAAAUAUUGAUGAGUAUAAACUUAUUCACAGUUUUUUUUUGUGAUUUCACAAACAGGCACAAACCUAAUUUAUGGUCAGAUAUUUGAAAUUGAGGUUUUUGCAUAUGAAAGUCCAUCAUUAACUCUAUUGAAUUACUUCAGAACAUAUUCAAAACGGCACAUACCCCUCUGAUUUUACGAACCAGCCUGAAACAUUGUUUCUGUUCCAUAGCAGUCUACGUAAUGGCAUGCAGAGGUCAAUAACCUGACCUAGAUGUUGCGUGUAGGCAUUGAAUAAUUUUACGAACUGGCACAAACGGUGGUUUAGCUAAAAACUCAGUAUUUGACAAUGCGCAUGAUUUUACGAAAUGGCACAAACCUGAUUUUUAUAAAAAUGAACAGUUCCUGAAAUGCAUACCUGCGCUUUAUUUCAAAUAUCGAAAAAAAAAAUUAUGGACAAAGUUUUGUAUCUUUUAAAAGGAACAGAAUGUAAGUUUUCAAUUGGGUUAAGUAAUUGCUCUGGUUUCUAUCAAAGCCUGAAGUUAUGAGCGUCUGAAAAAAAAAAUGUAGUUUACAAUAUAAACACAUAUGAUUAUACAGAUACAAUACGGGGAGAUAUGAAGGCCCCUUAUAGGGUUAGUUGAACAUUAGAUGAUUCUUGAACGGAUAAAAUAUCCCCCCCCCCUCGGGUAAAGACUGACUUAAAUUUGUACAAUAUUUCAUGAAUUAAAUAAAACAAAUAGAAGCUCUGAAAUGUAUGUAACGAUGCAAGUUUAAUUUGUCUACAUGUGUAGAUGUACAAAAAAAAAUCUGACCCAUUGUGGAUAAAUGAAACAGCAGCACAUAACAGUUCAUAUACUUGGUGUAUCUUAUAAUAUAUCAUAUUUACUCUAUAGGAUGCCCGAUUCCCAAAUAGAAAAUUGCAAGAAAUUCAAAACUCAGCAGCACGGUUAGUUUUCUGUAACUGAGAAACAUUCCCACAUCGCACCUGUCAUAAAACUACUGCAUCGGCUCUCAUGGGCUUCUAAACUUAUUAGUGUCUCCAUCCAAUAGCUCCUAAUUAUCUUGGCGGAUGUUUCAGUAUGUACUACCUUGCAAUCUUAUGUCAGCUCCAAAGGAUCUUUCACAUUGUCCUAGUUUUCAGACAAAGGUUUAUGGAGAACGAUCCUUUGUCUAUGCUACUCUUUCACCUUGGAAUACCACCCAAUAUUCUAAAGAACUCUUGUUAUCCCAAAGUUUAAAUCCAUCUUCAAAACACACUUGUUUAAAAUGUUUUUAAUGACUUAGUGCCACUAUUUCCAGCAAUUUUCUCUCUUUUCUUAGCUUUUCUGUCUCCUUCAAAGAGCGCAGAAGGACGGAUUUUGCAAUGAAAUGCACUAUACAAGCUUGUUAGUAUAAUUACUAUUAUUAUUAUGAAAAAGAAACUCCAUACACUGGAUGUAUAAAAGAAAGAAGCUAAACUUAUCUUGAUGUGCAUUCUAAUAAAAUCCAAAUAAUAUUUCGCAAAAG